AUGGACGAAAGAGCAAUAAGGCGAUGCCGGGACGAUCUUAGAUUCCGCGGAGUGAAAGGGACGACCGGCACCCAGGCCUCCUUCUUAACUCUAUUCGGAGACGACCACGAAAAGGUGAAGAAGCUGGACCAGCUUGUCACCCAGUUGGCGGGUUUCUCAAAGAGCUACAAGGUAACGGGCCAAACCUAUUCCCGGAAAGUGGAUGUCGAAGUGGUUGGGGCUCUAUCCAGCCUGCGAUGUUCCAUGCACAAAAUGUGCUCUGAUCUGCGGAUUUUGGCUUCACAAAAGGAACUCGAAAAACCUUUCGAAAGCACCCAAAUCAGGUCCUCGGCGAUGCCCUUCAAACGUAACCCCAUGCGUUCGAAACGCUGCUGCGCACUCGCCCGUCAUCUGAUCACUUUGCACUCGAACGCAGCCAACACUCAUGCCACGCAAUGGAUGGAGCGGACGCUGGACGACUCCGCCAACCGUCGCAUAACCCUUUCAGAGGUAUUCCUCUCCGCCGAUGCAGCCCUUCUCACGCUGACCAACAUCUCACAGGGGAUCGUAGUCAAUGAGAAAGUAAUCGAGCGCUGGAUCAACCAGGAGAUGCCGUUCAUGUCUGCCGAGAACGUUAUCAUGGAGAUGGUGAAAAAGGGGGCCGACCGCCAAGUUUGCCACGAGAAAAUUCGCGUCUUAUCGCAAGAGGCAGCUGCCCAAGUGAAGCAAUUCGGCCGCGAGAACGAUUUAGUCGAACGGAUCAAGCGGGAUGAAUAUUUCGCGCCUAUUUUAGGGCAAUUGGAUAAGAUUUUGGACCCGAAGACCUUCAUUGGUCGAGCUCCACAGCAAGUCGUCGAGUUCAUCGAGGAGGAAAUGGAUCCGAUCUUAGAAAUGUACUCAAGGACGCGAAGUCUGUUUCGUUGGCCAUUUAAAAGCUGGAUGUGGCGAAAUCACAAGUUCCUCAAUUGGGCGUGA